CGAGCGCGCCCCCUUUCGUUCGCAAUAUUCGGCCCACGCCGGGUUGCAGGCACCGAGUCCGCGCUCUCACACCAAUGCCUGCGGUCAAGCGGCCCAGCUCGGCGCCGCCAAGCAAAGAAUACCUGAACCAGAUGCGCGCGCAGAAUCAUGGGGCUUCCGAUCAGGCUGAGCCAGCAGCACUGUGCAAAUGGCUGUCGGAGCUGUGCGGUGGCGGAUCGUCCACCCGCGACACGACGCUCACCCAAACCUCACCUGGAAGCUUCGGCAACUCUCUCUGGGCGUCGUUAUACCCCUCUGCGGGAGCCGCCGCCAAAACGUGUGGGUAAGAAGGGGGAGAAGGCGGAAGCAGAUCUGGAGAAAAGCUUGACGCCGUGGUGAAGUUCUCCUGAAGCAUGAAAAAGUUCGUCCCCACGGCAGGCUACGUCCCCUGAUGAGUUGCAGGUCUGAGACGGCUGGCUCUCUGUCCUCAGUCUGUCGCUUGACUGCUGCAUGCAGAACACGUCAAUGACUCAACGUGGGUUAGAGCCGGAACAGCAAUGUUGGGGCUCGACCCCGGCGACCCGAUUCACGCAUAAAGUUACAAACCACGGGGUCCAAUCGCGCCCCGCACCCACGGACCCAUGGCGCGACGAGAAGGGCGACCGAAACCGUUCCCCCCACGCCACGUGCACGACACAGCUCACAGGUGAGAAGACGAGGGGCCGGCCACGACGCGGCGAGACGGCGGCGCCCGGCAUGUGGCGUCCGCGGGCGGCCAUGUCGAGAGUAACGCGAGAGAGAGGUAGUCGCGCCCGGCCAGCGCAUCCAGAAGGAUAGACAUAAGAAACUUUUUCGCGCAGUGGGGCAGAGUGAGUGUGAGCUGUGUGAGUGAGAGAGAGUCUGCGCGCCUCCCCCUGAGCCCUGUGUGCUCUCGCGCCUGGCCCGUUGAGAGCUAGACAGAAACAGACACUUGAG